UAUGUACUCCUUCAUCACCAACGAUACUAAUCUCUCUUGUUUGGUGUAUAUAUAAGCAUUAAUGUCUGGUGUUUGGGUGAUCAAAAACGGCGUCUUUAGGCUCGACCCGGGAGUGGAUUCGAUGCAGAAAAGGAAAGUGCUUGUCCACAUACCCACAAACGAAGCUAUCACAUGUUAUGAUGAUUUGGAGAGGAAGCUAACUCCGCUUGGGUGGGAGAGGUACUACGGUGACCUCGACCUGCUUCAGUUCCACAAGAGAUCCACCGUCCAUCUCAUCUCUCUCCCUAAAGAUUUCUCCAAGUUCAAGUCGAUGCAUAUGUACGAUAUUGUUGUCAAGAACCGCAAUAUUUUCGAAGUCAAAGACAUGUGAGUGUCCUCUUUGUUAGCACUAGCAGUUUUAGUGUUUUGUGUUGUGUAGCAACGCGCUCGAGUGGGCAUGUUCAUAAAGUUCUACAAUAUCAAGUUUGGUAGUGUUGGAUGAGCUAUCAAAUGGUGAUGGACUAAGUCUCUUGUACCACAUCGUCCAUGAGAAUAUGUGAAGUACAAAAUUAAUAAACCAAACUUUUGCUAGCGUUUUUUUCUAGACUUAAACUUAUAAGAACUGAUCCAAAACAGACAAAAUGUUACUAGUGCAGAAGGGCGGGUUAUUACAUAUGUGCGUCAUGUUUGUUUUUGUGUGUGUUAAGGUUAGUACUGACGUCGUUGUUUAUGAUGUAUGGGUUUUGGGUUUUUAUGGCUUUAGUUCAAAGCAAAUGUAGUGAAGGGCUUGCUUUCAUUUUUGUAAGUAGAUGUGUUGUAAAUUGUAAUAGUGAUGAUUGGUUAUGGAAUUAAUGGCAAUUGGGUUUUUAAA